AAAAAAGCCUUCAACUCACAAUGGUCUCGCAGUCCACUUUCAUGCGCACGUUAUGAUGUGUGGAUACCAUACAACAGAGCUUAUUGCAGCAGUUUUAUGCGGUUUAAUAUCUUUUUCCCUGUUCGGAUACUACUGACUGGGGCAUUGGAUAUGUGCACGCGGGAUGAUGAAAACCCCUUUCCUCCCCGCAGAAGUAAGAUAAAAUAGGGUUUCGAAUACAUUGGAUUUACUCCUCUCGUUCCAUAUGAAGAAGUCAAAAAUUUGGAUACGCAUCUGUGUCCAUUUAUUGGUGUGCACCACAUUUGGAGUUCACUCAAGUGAAUUUGGAGAUGCUGUAACAGAUGACAUCACAAGCAUUUCACUAUUGAAACAAAAUAUACCUAAAGAUUACAAGAUUCCUGUGACAUAUAUUCCAAAAGAAGUGGGUGGAAUGUGUUGGGUCACGCUAAAUGUUUUCCACUUGGAACUCAGUUUACGGGGAUUAGCAGACAAGUUUGGAAACAUUUCAUCCAACAAAUAUAAUAUCAGCAUAUUGAUCGAAAUGCUGAAAGAGACGCGAUAUCACAUGAAGAACUUGGAGGUGAUCACGUCUGAUUUUGAGUGCCACUAUAGAGACGAAAAAUGGCAGACAGGACACUAUUUUCAGUUUGUUGAAGAUUUUCUAAACACGGCCCGUUGGAAUAGAGAUUCGCCAGAAGAAUGCGAUCCACCUCCCUGUCCAACAACAACAAAGGCAUCAGCAACUACAAUAACAACACAAUACCCCACAUCAGGGAAAGAGCCUCUGAGAUUCCUGCCAGAAGUAGUGGAGAGAAGCCUCCUGUCACUACUUGUAAUUCCUAUUGCGGCCAUCGUGUUUCUGUUUGUGUGGAAGGUGAAAUCCAGGAGCAACCAACAUCAAUCAGAUGAACUGAAAUCAGUGGAAGGAGGCCUCUUCACAGGAACAGAAGAGAGUUUGGCACCUCCACUAGAUGACAUUUCUGAAAAGAACAGAUUGAACAUCAUUGAGGCAGUGUAAUUGUUCAAUCCUUGGAAAUUGGUGUACAGAGGAGUCAUCUAAGAAAGAACGAGCAAACAUAAAACUACAUUUCUUACGGUGAAAGACUUGCUUCUUUCCUGUCCAGAAACUGACAGUCUUCUCAUACCAGAACCAGAUAAUGGCACACAAAAAUGUGCUGUCUUAUCACUCCUGCAAUAAGCUGGGAGUUGUUCUUGCGAGAGUAUAUUAACCUGUCAUCUACUAUCAAAUUUCAUCAAAUGAAGCUGAAAAGGAGAGUGUGAUUCUCAUGGAAACAUCUGGAGAUUCCAAUAACUGUUCAAAACACAGUGAACUUCACGGGACAAUGUUGGUUUCACAAGCACUCCCCCGUUUGCACUUUUUGUAGGUUUGGCUGGAGCAUGGACACUGGUUCUACUCAAGAACGCAGCAUAGAACACACACCUAUAAAUGGCUUUCUUUCAUUAGGACUGAAGCAUAAAUGACUACCUCUAGUCGCCCUGCCCUCACUUUCCUCAACUUCUUCUCAGCAGCAUUCCACUCCACUUCCUUCUCCAUCUUGCUUUCCAUUGGACGUUCCCUGAGAAUCUAUUUUGAAAUUAGUUAUCUAUAAAUAUUCUCAGAUUUAACCAUCUGUUUUAUUUGAUGUUUUUUGCUAUGGACGUACGGAAGGGAUGAGGUUGUGUGAUGUAUUUAUUUAUUUGCUUACUCGGAAUGCUGACAGCAUAAUAUUGCUGCAGUUGGAGAAAGAAACUGUCAGUGAUUCAGCUCAUCUAUAGAAAUACUACAUGAGCAGGAAAAGGUCUACGAGGGUGGUUUAUAAAGACUACAUAACUCAUUAUUCUGCAAUGCAUAAAGCCUCCUUAAACAGCACACUGGAAUCUAUAAACACAUGCGUUAUCUAUAUUAAGACAGCCAUAGAAUGAUGUAUGUAUGAUGGUGUUGUUAAUUGCUUAUGAAUGGAUUGUAUGAAAGGCUUUUGUUGGAGUUGUAAAUGUAACAAAAAAUGUGCUUCUUUGACUAACUUUCAUUUAUCCCAUUAUAUACAGUAAAAAAUGAUUGUCCCUAUAGCAAUCAAUGGUAGAUCAAGGGUAAAUCUUACAUAUCCAUACUGAUUUAGAUCAGACAUUGAGGAUCUGAUAACUGACAAUAAGGUUUUUCUAUGCCCUCAACGCACAAGAAAGAGGUGGUCUAGCCUCAAGUAAACCAGUUUUGCAUCAGAUUCUGCAAUUACAUUAUAACUCCGCUCUGGUAUAUUGCAUCCUCACCACCCAUAAGGUAUAUUAUGUAUGUUGCAUGUACACAGCUGUACAGUUUAAUGUGUUAAAGUGGUUCAAAGAUAUGAAUUGAAAUGUUUUUAAUUUUUUUUUUUUUUUACCUUUAUUUAACCAGGCAAGUCAGUUAAGAACAUAUUCUUAUUUUCAAUGACGGCCUUUGAGCCAAGAAACAUUUUUACUUGAACAAUAUACUUGUCACUCCAGUAACCAAGUACCCUAAUGAAUUUUGUUCCAAAUAACCUUCAGUAACCUAUACCAGAAAGUGAGCUAAAAUGUUUAUUUCUGAGGUAACAAUAUUAGAAAAUCUUCUUAACACGCACGUCAAAAGCCAGAAUAUAUCAAAGUUUGUAGAGGACCAGACUCUAAAAUUCACCAUUAUUUAGAAAAGUGAUAUGAUCUGUGAGGACAGUGUCUAGCAGUUUAUCCACUGUCUAUCAAAAUGGUGUGGUACUCUUGUUGUACUCAGCAACUCAGGCUACGAUAUUGCAGCCUAAUUAUGAAGAUUAGUCUGAUAAAAGUUGGGUCCGCAGUCAUGGCCAUCAUUCGAUUAUACCCAAAAUGUUUUGUAUGACAUUUCACCAACUCACCGGGAGACUACUAAGAAUUGAGGCAAACCAUUGAAAAAAACAGCAACAUGGAGGACCUGAGACCAAGAACCCGUCUCAUUGAUAGGUGUUGGUUGUCUCUGUGACCGUGAACCAAUGGUAUAGAAAGUGCUAGAAAGUGUUGUGGACCAUACCUAGAGAGUGUUGAAUCAUUGCCCAACUGGUUGUAAUGAUCUCACACCAAUGGAAACAACUUGUGUUGUCAUUGUGGCCCUUAUAUGUUAACCCAUUACCCUCAUUUCAAUACACAAUGUUGAUACUAUCCAAACAAAUGGACCCUAAGUGUAAACCAUAUUAAAUAUCAGGACACAGUCAGAGCAAUAACCCUCCUUCAUUUGAACACUUAUACUCCACAACACCGGGCUCUUAUAAUGCAAUUCUACACUAAAUAACAUGUGACAGAAAAAUGCAUUAAACUCCAGUUUAAUUUAGAAAAUCCUGCCUGCAUGUAAUGUUUUAGCUGUUGUACUCUUUUUAUAGGAAACGGUUCAAAUGGUAAAACCUGUUUAUUUCACCAAGUGUAUUUGGGACAUUUUCCUCUUGCACUUUUCUGUUUGUUUUUAUCAUGCAAAAUGGAGUGUAGGUAAAAAUAAACUAAAAAAAACACAUUGGUGUUCAUAAAGUGACAGUUUCAGCAUGAGCAGCUGAAAAUGCUUGGUGUGAGUAAGUGUUGUUUUGUUAAAAGAUACAAGAGUGUUAUUUUUCAUAUCCCCCUUGAUACAAUAAAAAAAUGUAAAAAAUUGCCACAACAAAACAUGAAUGUAAGCUUUUAAAGAGUUAACUUCAGAAGGUUUACAGGUGUUUUACAUAUUGUAUGAAUAUUGCGAUGAGUUGAAACGUGGUUUAAGCUGUGAACAGAAAUGUGGUGGAAUCACCUAUGUUCUUGUCCGUCUUAGAGCCUAUGAACACAGAGCUAUAGGUCUGCGUCCCAAAUAGCAGCCUAUUCCCUAUGUACAUUGCAUUCGGAAAGUAUUCAGACCCCUUGACUUUUCCACAUUUUGUUACAUUACAGCCUUUUUUUUUAAUUAAUUAAAUAGAUUUUUCCCCUUAUCAAUCGACACACAAUACCCCAUAAUGACAAAGCAAAAACAGAUUUUUAUACAAAAUGCAUACAAAAAAACAGACAUAACAUUUAUAUAAGUGUUGACCCUUUACUCAGUACUUUGUUGAAGCACCUUUGGCAGCGAUUACAGCCUUGAGUCUUCUUGGGUAUGACUUUUCAAGCUUGGCAUACCUAUAUUUUUGAGUUUCUCAUAUUCUUCUCUGCAGAUCCUCUCAAGCUCUGUCAGGUUGGAUGGGGAGCGUCGCUGCACAGCUUUUUUCAGGUCUCUCCAGAGAUGUUAGAUCGGGUUCAAGUCCGGGUUCCGGCUGGGCCACUCAAGGUCAUUCAGAGACUUGUCCCAAAGCCACUCCUGUGUUGUUUUAGCUGUGUGCGUAGGGUCGUUGUCCUGUUGGAAGGUAAACUUUCGCCCCAGUAUGAAGUCCUGCGCAAUCUGGAGCAGGUUUUCAUCAAGGAUCUCUCUGUACUUUGCCUUUCCCUUGAUCCUGACUAGGCUCCCAGUCCCUGCCGCUGAAUAACAUCCCCACAGCAUGCUGCUGCCAACACCAUGCCUUACUGUAGAGAUGGUGCCAGGCUUCAUCCAGACGUGACCCUUGGCAUUCAGGCCAAAGAGUUCAAUCUUGCUUUCAUCAGACCAGAUAAUCUUGUUUCUCAUGGUCAGAGUCCUUUAGGUGCCUUUCAGCCAGCUCCAAGCAGCCUGUCGUGUGCCUUUUACUGAGAAGUGGCUUCCGUCUGGCCACUCGACCAUAAAGGCCUGAUUGGUGGAGUGCUGCAGAGAUGGUUGUCCUUCUGGAAGGUUCACCCAUCUACACAGAUGAACUCUGGAGCUCUGUCAGAGUGACCAUCGGGUUCUUGGUCACCUCCCUUACCAAAGCCCUUCUCCCCCGAUUGCUCAGUUUGACUCUAGGAAGAGUCUUGGUGGCUCCAAGCUUCUUCCAUUUAAGAAUGAUGGAGGCCACUGUGUUCUUGGGGACCUUCAAUGCUGCAGAAAUGUUUUGGUACCCUUCCCCAGAUCUGUGCCUCGACACGAUCCUAUCUCGGCGCUCUACGGGCAAUUCCUUCGACCCGAUUGCUUUGUUCUUGCUCUGACAUGCACUGUCAACUGUGAGGCCUUUCUAAAUCAUGUCCAAUCAAUUGAAUUUAUCACAGGUGGACUCCAGUCAAGUUGUAGAAACGAUGGUCAAUGGAAACAGGAUGCACCUGAACUCAAUUUCAAGUUUCAUAGCAAAUAUUUAAAAAAUGUUUAUACAUUUGCUAACAUUUCUAAAAUGCUGUUUUCACUUUGUCAUUAUGGGGUAUUGUGUGUAGAUUGUUGGUGGGAGAAAAAAAAUCUGCCAAUUUUAGAGUAAUGUAACAAAAUGUCAUCAGCAUCCCACUGCUGGCUUGCCUGUUAAACUAAGCAGAGUUGGUAUUGGAUGUGAGACCAGAUGCUGCUGGAAGUGGUGGUGGAGAGGCUAGUAGGUGGUCAAAUCAAAUCAAAGUUUAUUUGUCACGUGCGCCGAAUACAACCGGUGUAGAUGUAGGUGUUACAGUGAAAUGCUUACUUACAGGCUCUAACCGAUAGUGCAAAAAAGUUGUUAGGUGAACAGUAGGUAAGUAAAGGUACUCUUUCCUCUGGUCUAAAAAAAUAUUUCCCUGUGUAGGUUGCCAUGUAUCCGAUGGGAUGUUAAAGGAGUGUCCUGACUCUCUGUGGUUACUAAAGAUCCCAUGGGACUAGAGGUGUUAAUCCUGGUGUCCUGGCUAAAGUCCCAAUCUGGUCCUCAUACCAUCAUCCCCAGCUUCCAAUUGGCUCAUUCCUCUCCCUUGUAACCAUUCCCCAGGUCGUUGCUCUAAAUGAGAAUGUGUUCUCAGUCAACUUACCUGGUAAAAUAACGGUAAAAUUAAAGAGCCUUAAAUAUGUUAUGGUAUCAGUUCUGAUAUGUUCUUUAGCUUAUUUUGGUUGAAAACAUAGCUGUGCCCUGAACAGUGGUGUUUAGCUUAGUCUCCCACAAUCAAAAUAUAAUUCCAUAUUUCUAAUGUUAGAAUUUUAAUUGAGGAAUUCUGUGUCUAUGUGUUCCAGGAAGUAAGUCUGGGUGCCAAAAGAAAAUGUAAUUGUGACCCAGGUGAAAGCUGGGCAACACUCUACUGUUUACUGUAUUAUUGUAUAAAUGAAAACAGACAUAUAUAUAUAUAUAUAUAUAUAUGAUGAUAUGAAUAAAGUACACUUAUCCAAAUA